AUGGAAAGUGGUGGGCGAAGCGGAAGCGGUCGUGGUAAAGGCAAGAAAGGAAAGAAAAAGGCGGUUACUACAAUGCAUCAGAGUGGACAGAAAGAGAUACAAAAGUCCUUAAAUGCUGUUGCUGUAGUGACACCUAACGAGAUGUCGGUAAAGAAGGCGAUGAAGAAGAAGAGAAAGCGAAAAAAUGGCACAUUAAAAGUUUUAGCUGGUACAAAUGACAGUGAUCAGGUGAUGACGACGGUUUCAUUGAAGGAAGGAACGUCCAAUGAUGAAAAAAUGUCACCUUUGAUAGCAACUCAACCAAUGAAGAAAAAAAAGAGUCUGCGGACUCAGCUGCCAUCUAUAGAUACUGUGACAAAACAGACGAUGGGAGGAGAAGAUUUGAGUUCGAAGCGUACAAUUGCGCAGGUCGAAAAUGUGUCUACAAAGUUAUUGACACAGCGUACACGGAAGAGUGAGAGAGUUACAACAACUGUCGAUGUUUCGGCAGCGGUGGCAAGUCCAUGCAAAAAGGUAGAAGCAAAUAUGGUAUCUGCUGGGUCGAUGUCGAUGUUACCCAAAGACGAAUUUCAAGUCGUUGUGUGGCGAAGUGAAAGAGUGAAUUUCGCCAAGUGUGAUCGCAUAUUUUCGGUUAAGUCCGAAAUGGCCAAUAUUAAUGAGUCGCGAUCUCGUGGCCAAUAUUGA